CUGAUAUCGUGUCUUUACUGACGAGUGACGAGAGGGCCGCCUUCAAUCUUCUUCCCCGCUCUGCUAGGGUUUUUAAACCAGGGUUUUUCAGAAGUUCACUCCUCCUCCAUUUUCAGAUUCCAUUUCUCGAAAAUGGCGUUCUCCUUCACGCCACAGCAGCCCCAGCCCCAGCUAUUCCAGCCGCAGCAGCCGUCUCCGUUCCAACAAAGCAGCCCAUUUUUCCAACCACAACCGCAACAACAGCAGCAACUAUUCCAACCCCAACAACAGCAACAACUACAAUUUCAGCCGCAGCCGCAGCAGCAACAACAACAGCAACAGCAACAGCAGCUGUAUCUCUUCACCAAUGACAAAACCCCCGCGAGUUACGGCACCAAGUGGGCCGAUCUCCACCCCGACUCCCAAAAACUUCUCCUCCAAAUCGAGGAGAAGAUACUGGAGUACAGGGACGAAAGCCAGCUGCUGGACCAGUGUAGUCGGCUUUACGAUUCUUCGGUCGCCAGUGACGGGUUUGUGCAUGACGCUAACCACAUUGUUCAGGAACUUGGUGGAAUCAGUGUAGCAAUGGAGCGGCAGAAAGCUGUUCUGCAGGAAUUUAUGAAUGUUGUGAAAGAUAUGCUACGGCACACAGAGGUUGCUAUUCGUUCAUACAUGAUGUUACGCCCAAGGUUUAUUCAUCCAAAUACUGGUGCUGCUUCAAAUCCCACUGCACCAUUGCAGGCUUCGGGAGUGAUGGUGGCUCAAAGUGCAAGUAGUCAACCAAAACCAACCUCGUUAGUGCCAGUCUUUGAUUUCUAUAGUGGGCUCCCUAGGAAACCAUCUCCAUUUUUGGAGCAAACAGUUGCCAGAUUUGAGAAAUAUGUUGGUCAAUGCCGCCAGUGGAUUGAAGAGAUAGAGCAGCUGCUCCUUGUAGAUUCUGACAGGAACUCAUUGAGCUCCAGCUCCUCAUUGUUGCAGUCUCUUCCCAAGGUCAUGUUAAACGUGCAUGAAUUUUUUGUUCAUGUAGCAGCUAAGGUGGAGAGUAUUCAUCAAUACAUUGAAUCAAUGAAAACAGCAUAUCUUGCUGACCAGCGCCGUCGUGGGGAUGGGAGUGAUCCGUUUCUUGAGGCUGAUCGACGAGAAACAGCCAAACAAGAAGCUGCUGCUCGAAGGGUACAUCCAACCCUGCAUCUACCUGCAAUUGCACAACCAUCAACUCAAGUUGCAGGAUCAUUUGCCAGCUCAGCAACAUCUGGGGCAUCAACUGCUCCACGGACUUCUACAGCUAUUGCAGUGGCUUCAUCAGGGAGUGGGUCCUCACUUUUUGCUACUCCAUCUACCAUGUCUUCGUCAUCUUCUCUAUUCUCCACUCCCAUUGCUUCUGCUCCAACGUCCUCCUUAUUUGGAGCAUCUGCUGCUUCCCCACAGACACCACUUUUUGGCUCAUCCACCCCCGCCUUUGGCACUACUUCAUUGUUUGGCUCUACCCCUUCUGCCGGUGUUUCUACAUUUUCAACGCCAUUUGCAUCAGGUGCUGCAAUGGGGUCAGGAGCAAGUUUUGGCACCACGUCUAAGGCGAGAGUUAAAAGUCGCACAGGUCGACGCUAGUAGCCACCACUGGAGCUCAUCAAAUUGCAAAUCUACUCGGCACUCAAGCCUCUGAACAAACUCAUUUGGUGGGAAUUAUGCUUUUCAAGAGAUCUCCAAUGUGGGCUGUUUUUCUCGGAGACAUGGAUCUGCCAUAUCCACGUGGUGGAUUCCAAACUUGCUAAGAGGAGGCUAAUUUCUGGAUGCUUUUGGGUCUCCACAUCCAAGUCUUGUUUCUUAGAUGAUAUUCAGAUAUUCAGAUGAUGAAGAGGUAAUGCCCUGAGUAUGAGAUUCUCGUCGCUGUAACAUGUGAAAAUACAACCUUGCUAGAUGUAUUUGUCUGUAGGUUGAAGUUUUGGGCUUGUAUUCCCUGAUUAGACAAAUUGAAUGAACGCUCAAGUUGAUCUGAAAUCUGGUGCAAUUAACUGUUA